CUCCUCAUUCAGCGCAUAUUAUUUUCCAUCACAACAAACAAGCAGCAGGCUGACAUCCCCGCUUCCUUUUUCUGCCCGUUCCAGUCCGUAGAAAUCUGUCAAAGUGGAUCCAUUUGGCUUUUCCGACAUGAUCAAAUUUUUGGUGACUUUCGGCGCCGGUGUUUACACUGGCAUAUACAUUACUCAGAACUUCGAGGUUCCUCCCGUUGACGAACCAGCGAAGCUAUGGGCCAAAGCUUCCGAGAAGGUGAAAGACUUCAUGGACCAGAACAAAAAGCCCUAAAAUCCGACGAUUGCCCGGAGCGUGAAAGUGUGUUUUAGCCUAUAUUAAAUUUAUGCUUUUACAUCAGAACAGCCUCCACAAAGAACCCAACCGAAAAGGGGCUAAAGGAUUGUUCUUUCAUUUUACCUCAUUAAUAAAUAAUACAAAUUAUCGCUUAUAGUAUCCAACAGCUAUCGAUUAUUUUCGUCCAAAUCUUACUUUCCCACAAAAAUGAUCUUUUUUUGAUAGAUGAAAUAUAAAUUAUUUACUUGAUAAGUCUCGCGAAA